UCUUACGUUCCUCGCUUCACUCUUGUGCUUCGCUGUCGGCGUUUAGUGAGAGUUUUCCGGAAUCUCAGGAAUUUGGCUGUCCGUCUUCUUAACCUCCUGCGUUACCGAACUCGAGAUUUUCUACGACUGAAAGGUCUGGCCCGAGCUCAAAAUGUCUCAAGCCGAUAAACUGAAGCAGGGACAGUUUACAAACCCAGAGACCCCUGGGUAUGUGGGAUUUGCAAAUUUGCCAAAUCAGGUGCAUCGGAAAUCAGUGAAGAAGGGCUUCGAGUUCACUCUCAUGGUGGUGGGUGAGUCUGGUUUGGGGAAGUCCACGCUGAUCAACAGUUUGUUCCUCACUGAUCUCUACCCUGAGAGGGUCAUUCCUGGUGCUGCAGAGAAGAUUGAGCGCACGGUGCAGAUCGAGGCCUCGACGGUGGAGAUCGAGGAGCGUGGCGUGAAGCUGCGUCUCACUGUGGUCGACACGCCUGGAUACGGCGACGCCAUCAACAGCCAGGACUGUUUUAACACCAUUAUCUCCUACAUCGAUGACCAGUUUGAGCGCUACCUGCACGAUGAGAGUGGACUCAACCGCAGGCACAUUGUGGACAACCGCGUGCACUGCUGCUUCUACUUCAUCUCCCCUCUGGGUCACGGGCUGAAGCCUCUAGACGUCCAGUUCAUGAAGGCCAUUCACAACAAAGUGAAUGUGGUUCCUGUUAUUGCUAAAGCAGAUACGCUGACGCUGAGGGAGAGAGAGAGACUCAAGCGCAGAAUUCUGGAUGAAAUCGAUGAGCAUGGCAUCAAGAUCUAUCACCUCCCUGAUGCCGAGUCUGACGAGGAUGAAGAUUUCAAAGAGCAGACCCGGAUUCUCAAGGCCAGCAUACCGUUCGCCGUGGUGGGAUCCAACCAGCAGAUUGAGGCUAAGGGGAAGAAAGUGAGAGGACGUUUGUAUCCAUGGGGUGUGGUGGAGGUGGAAAACCCAGAACACAACGACUUCCUCAAGCUUCGCACCAUGCUAAUCACCCACAUGCAGGACCUGCAGGAAGUUACUCAGGACCUUCACUACGAGAACUUCCGCUCGGAGCGCCUCAAACGGGGCGGCAGGUUGUCCUCCCACGGUUAUAUUCUGCCUCUGUCGCCUGCGAAGGCUCCGGAGCCGGAGGAAAUGGACAAGGAUAUGAUCUUGCAGGAGAAGGAGGCUGAGCUGAGGCGAAUGCAGGAGAUGAUCGCUAAGAUGCAGGCGCAGAUGCAGAAACAGGGAGACGGAGAGGGAGACAGCCCACAUCUGUGAGAAACACGAUGUUGACCUGUCGUUCGAGCUUGACCCAGUCAGACACGAAACGAGAAGUUAAAUGUGGAAAAAUAGAAGAGACUGGUCCUUAGCUCGUCUUGCUUGCCAUUUUCUUAGUUUCUUUCACUCUUGUACGAUUUGAUAUUUUUGGUUAAGGUGUUUUUUUUUUUUUUUUUUUUUUAAGCAGUAUUAAUUUUGUUUUUGCCAUUUUAUUCAACCCACCCCUCAAAAAACUUUUUUUUUUUUUCUGUUACGAAAGCCAAAUGCUGCUGGAAAGGAAUCUUUUACUGUAGCGCACCUUUAAUAGUAGCGUAGCUCCAUGACCGCUCAUUUCUCUCCCAUCAAGCUAAAGAAGCACUGUGAACAUACAGCCAGCUGUUGAAUUCGAGUGUCACGGUGGCGGUCUUUUGGAGAAACCGUUUUAUACUGUUCCUAAAUGUUGCCAGAGAGAUUGCCGUCCUCCUAAACAGGAGUUUUCUGAAGCACUUCUCUCUUUUCCCUGCAUGAAGUCUUGAAAUGCGUGCCGUUCGGUUGAAUGGUCCCCAAACAGUUGCAAAACGUUAUACUGUGACCCAUGAUUCCUUCCCUAUGCCGUCUAAUGAAGAAUACGAUGUUCUCUAAUGUUAAAGCUCAUUUUGCUGAUUUUUUUUUUUUUAUGUACUUGAGUGCAUACUGUCGUAUAUUUGCUAUCAGACGUUGUUCUGGUAUGAGUGCAGUGUGGAGUGAAAUUCGGACGCAUUGAAAGAUGCUGUUGUGAUCUUUAACCUUGACGCAUGCCAAGUUUUUACCUCUUCUUACGGUUCAAAUAUUUUAUCUUAUCCCUGUUGCUAAGUCAAAUUUCCACAUCAUAAAUAAUAAAAGUUUUAAAUGAAAUAUCCGAAAAUGUAGGUUUCUAUCUGUUACGCAAAAGCAAAUAUAACUUUUAUACAGUUGAAUUUGAUUUCUAUAUUUGGUCACGAAAACUCUGCCGCUGUUAACAUUCCAGUCUUAAUGUUUCACUUGAGAACUUUCUAUUAAACCAUUAUUGUCUAUCAUCUUGUAAUAAAAUUUUGUAUUGAAAGUG